AUUUGGGGUAGGAGAAUACGACGGUCUGGUCUCUGUUCCUUUCCAGCUUGCUGAUCAAUGAGUAGUUUAUCAAAGCUGGCUACCGGUAAAUCCACGAACCCGUGCAGUUUCAGCCGAACCAGUGCGGAAUUCUGCGAGGCACAAUACUCCAUCGUCAAAUAAAUAUCACGAGAUACUGGCGAAUUGGCUACUACUGCUGUUCGGCCAAUCGACGGUUACACAACAGAGACGCUCACUUUCCUGCGAGUUCUGCAACUUGCUAGGCAAUCAUGUCUGUGGUUGCACCAAGGCAAUCAACUGCUUCGAUUACUGGUCCCGUCCCGCCCACUAGUUCAGCGCGCAACUCUGUUCGCUUGCGCGGUUCGGUCAAACCCAAAUUGUCUCGUCAGUUACAACAUCCCCACGUCACUUUAAUUGAGUUCAAAUCUGCUCGAUUCCUCAUCACCGAUCAACCGAAUCCUUCUAAUAUUCAAAAUUUCAUUUUGGCUUGUCGCCUACAUGGCGUCAACACACUGGUUCGCGUCUGCGAAUCCACCUAUGACGAAACACUAUUGGAGGCCGCUGGGAUUCGUGUUGUGGGUUUGGAAUUUGAGGAUGGGGCUCCCCCACCAGAUCCCAUAGUUGAGCAUUGGUUUCAACUGCUGGGCGAAGUAUGGCACUCUCAUCCAGGCUGCUGUGUUGCUGUACAUUGUAAGGCUGGUUUGGGAAGAGCUCCCGCGUUAGUGGCGGCCGCCCUAAUAGAACUGGGAAUGCAAUAUGACGAGGCAAUUGAACUGAUUCGCAGUCGUCGCGAUGGCGCAUUGAACGCACGCCAAAUACAAUAUCUGGAAAUUUUUCGCCCACGCAAACGACUGAGGUUGAAAAGUCAUGCCGAUCGAUGUUGGAUUUUGUGAGAAAAUGUCAUCUUGUAUCGACUUUACAACAGCGUUGCAGCUGAUCAUAUUGGCCCUAGAAGUUCGCAACGCCCACUCUGCGGGAUCGCUGCGAUGUGGAGCGUAUCGUCGUCUUCACACUUGGCC